AUGGAGCCACCACAGCAUCAGCAUCAUCAUCAUCAAGCCGACCAAGAAAGCGGCAACAACAACAACAAGUCCGGCUCUGGUGGCUACACGUGUCGCCAAACCAGCACUAGGUGGACACCAACGACGGAGCAGAUCAGAAUCCUCAAGGAUCUUUACUACAACAGUGCGAUCCGGUCACCAACAGCCGAUCAGAUCCAGAAGAUCACCGCGAGGCUGAGACAGUACGGGAAGAUCGAAGGCAAGAACGUCUUUUACUGGUUCCAGAACCAUAAGGCUCGUGAGCGUCAGAAGAAGAGAUUCAACGGCACAACCAUGACCACUCCAUCUUCAUCUCCCAACUCGGUUAUGGUGGCUAAUGAUCACUAUCAUCCUCUACUUCACCAUCAUCAUGGUGUUCCCAUGCAAAGGCCUGCUAACUCCGUCAACGUCAAACUUAACCAAGACCAUCAUCUCUAUCAUCAGAACAAGUCAUAUCCCACCUUCAACAAUGGGAAUUUAAAUCAUGGAAGCUCAGGUACUGAAUGUGGUGUUGUUAAUGCUUCUAAUGGCUACAUGAGUAGCCAUGUCUAUGGAUCUAUGGAACAAGACUGUUCAAUGAACUACAACAACGUAGGUACUGGAGGAUACGGAUCAAACAUGGAUCAUAGUCAUCAUUACUCAUCUGCACCAUACAACUUCUUUGAUAGAUCAAAGCCUCUCUUUGGUCUAGAAGGUCAUCAAGAAGAUGAAGAAGAAUAUGGUAUAGGCGAUGCUUAUCUGGAACAUCGACGUACGCUUCCUCUCUUCCCUAUGCAUGGUGAAGAUCACAUGAACGGUAGUGGUGCUAGCUGGAAGUUUGAUGGCCGUGAUUGCCAUGGUAGAGGCCCUUGCGCUUCUCUUGAGCUUCGUCUGAACUAGCUCAGUACUCGUACGCCAGGGUCGCAGUGGAUUAAAGCUCUUUGCCUCUCUCUCUCUUUUCGUUGUAGUAUGGUUCGCAACUAUGGUUUACUUGCUUGAAGUUAUAUAUGGUUUUAGUAGUAUCUCUAUCGUACUUAAUUUGUAAUUACUAGCUAGAAUCGUACUCUAGGUUUUAAUUUUACUU